AGCUUUCCCUCCUCCAUGGAAGCGGCUUAUCCGCGGGAUUAAACAUGUUACACUGACGUCACGCUAGGCGCGCUAUCAGAGAACCCUCAGAGUGUAAACCUGCCUCCGUGGCGUCAAGUGCAAGCUAUCUAUAGAACAAAGCUUUUAGCAGGGUGCCAAAACCAGGAUAUAAAAACUGUCGCAUGGCUACUGUUGUGGCUUGCAGAGAUGACCGUUCUAGUGGCGUGUAAGAGAUAAAACAUGAAUGUUCCAUUUGUUGUGAGUGGUAACCUGCGAAUUCGGCCUGCAACGCCGAGUGGAUUCCCAGAUGUCUGUAGUCAUUGGGCAGACAGGCUGUUUUGCUCAGUACUUUGCAGUGUCAUGCUUGAACCAAUCUUGUAGAAAUCACGCAAACAUUUACGAGAGAGCGUAAUCUAGCAUGAACGGGAUUCUUGAGAUACGCUACUGAGCACCAUUAUCAAUGCCACAACACUGAUGCCAUAGAUUGGUGUGAGGUAACCGUGGCCUACUUGCUUUUCUAGCAGCCUUCAGGAUGCUGACCAUCAAUAGGCUGCUCCUGUCUGCUGCUCCGUGCACCUGGGCUCUUGCAUCAACAGUGCCCGUUAUGGAGGUGACCUUCGCAAACCUGGGAUUCGCACUCGUCGUGAUUCUUGUCGCCUACUGGUCUCUAUGGCACUGUAGGCAGCUGUUCUUCAACGGGCCGGUUAGUCACAAAGGGAAGGCUGUACUCAUCACAGGUUGCGAUACGGGCUUUGGACAUUUUCUCGCUGGACGACUAGCCAAAGAUGGUUUUCUUGUAUUUGCUGGGUGCCUGCAUGCCUCGGGCACAGGUGCCAAGUUCCUCAGAGAAAAAACCAAUAUCCGUGUGCUUCAGAUGGAUGUCACUAAGGAAGAAGAUAUUGAUGCUGCAGUCGAAAUCGUGGAAAAGGCCCUAGACAACAAAGUGUUGUAUGCAGUGGUUUGCAACGCCGGUGUGGGAAGUAUCGGCUACAUAGACCUGCAGCCCCUAAGUCGCGUGCGGCAAGUCUUCGAGGUCAACACCUUUGGUGUGCUCGCUGUCUCAUGCGCUUUCCUUCCGUUACUGAAGGAGUCGCGAGGAAGGCUUGUCAUCGUCUCAAGCUUGCUGGGAAGGUUAUCUGUACCAGAGUGCUUGGCCUAUUGCAUGUCCAAGCGGGCCUCCAUAUCCCUGGCUGACGGGCUCCGUCGGCAGUUCUACUCCAAGGGUGUCCACGUCUGCACCGUUGAACCGACGGGUUACAGGACUCCCGUGGCCGAUCACGCCGCACUGGAAAAGGCAAUGGAAGCCGACCUGCAGCGGUUGCCUGAAAAGACUCGCUCAACGAUCGACGAGCGGUUUGUGCAGCGUUUUAAAAGUAGAACGCGAGUCCUCUUGUCAUGGUUUCUUCGGAAAGACUGCGGGGAAGCCGUUGAAGUCAUCAGGAGGGCCACGCUUGAUCGGUUGCCCAAGGCACACUACACAGCUGGUGGCGUAGCGGACCACGUGUACCGGCUUUUGAUCGACCUGCUUCCGGCUGAAGUGAUAGACGAAGCACUGCAUAUUAUGAGCACAGUGGAAGCGCUUUUCGGGAGUAGGACACAAUGAUUGAGUCUAAUAUUGUGUUCAUUUUUGUCUGAAUGAGCUCUUGCCAUAAUGGAUGUCCACUAACUGUGAAUUACUCCACAGCCAUUUAUGUGACUGCGCGUGGAUCAUUGCACGCACCACGUGCCCACACACACUCAUAACCAGAGAGAGAGAGAGAGAGAGAGAGAGAGAAGAAAUUACAGCGCUGGUGUACAAAUCGCAAAGAUACCGCCUUGAAGUGGAGUAUGCGGAUUGUGCGGACUGUGCGGUCGCCUACAGUGGAUGUUGGCACAACAUAUCUUUUUAUGCGUCGGAGCAUUGGGAGAAAUGUCCCGGUUUUGACUAAUAACUUAUUACGCGUGCGAAUGACCGAGAUACCGCGUUGGUGCGAUGUAUGAUCAUUCAGUGUGUGGUUUUCCACUGUGAAUUCCCAGCGCAGUUUCUUUCUCUUUUUAAUAUGCAGUGUCUGUGCUUCGGCAAGUGAAACAUACGCGCGCGCAAAUCACCCAGUAACUUCGUUGAUACGACUUAAGAGCAUUGUGCGGUACAACUCUUGAUGCAACUCCGUUUGUUUAGGCCUUUGUUCACUCUUUCUUCUUAUUGCUUGCUUUUUAACUGUCUGCAUGUUAUUUCACUAUUUCCAUGCAUCUGGUUUCUGUUUGUUCAAAAAAUUGGAAGUAACAUGCUAGUGCAACAGCAUUUCAGUCGGGCAGAUUUUACUCAAUGUAUGAAUAGAUGCGCAAUGAACAUUAUUAUCAUUAUUAAAAAUUAUAGGCAAGCUUUGGACAGUUGAAAAAGUACAAAGUGGAAAACAAAAGCAGUAGCCUAAAGGAAACAGUCGUGUAGUAAAGUGCGUGAAUAAGAGUAAUAUUAGCCAUUGAGAAAUGAAUGUAGUUAGUCUGAUUUCAAUGAAUAGGAAAGUGAGCAAACAUAAUAUGAAUGAAUAAAUGCAAAAAAGGUUCACAUUAUAAGUCAGGCAUGUAUGACAAUAAAGCACUUACUAAAGUAAAAUUUUAUUUAUUUAUUUUAUUUGGUACAUACUGCUAGCCUUAACGAAGGCUUUGGCAGGAAAGGGUACAUUCAUAAGAGGGAAAAUACAUCAUUCACACAGGGUUCAACGAUAAUCGUUUACAAGAGGCCUUGGUUUAAAACAAGCUUAUUCAUACACACAAUAGAACAUAAUGACAAUAGGACAUAAUGUAAAAA